AUGGCAUUGCCUUCACCAUCCCGUUUUGCCCCUUUUGUGUUUCUAUUGCUCGUCAUCGGGAGCACGGCGAGGCCUUUGUAUCCACUUCCGGGAAAAGGUAACCAUGGAAGUAGACAGCCUCUUCAAACUUUUCGCCCUUAUAACAUUGCACAUAGGGGUUCAAACGGUGAACUUCCCGAAGAAACUCAUCAGGCUUACAUGAGAGCUAUUGAGGAAGGUGCAGACUUCAUUGAAACUGAUAUCUUAUCUUCCAAAGAUGGUGUUCUUGUAUGCUUCCAUGAUGUUACCCUUGAUGAUACUACUGACGUAGCAAAUUACAAAGAGUUUGCUGAUCGUAAAAGAACAUAUGAAGAUCAAGGGGUCAAUACCACUGGAUAUUUUAUUGUGGAUUUCACAUUAAAGGAACUAAAGUCAUUGAGGGUGAAUCAGAGGUGGAGCUUUAGGGAUCAACAAUUUAACGGGAAAUUUCAAAUAAUCACUUUUGAAGAGUUCAUUACCAUAGCAUUGGAUGCACCCAGAGUUGUUGGAAUAUAUCCUGAAAUUAAAAGUCCAGUACUCAUCAAUCAGCAUGUGAAAUGGUCGGGUGGAAAAAAAUUUGAGGACAAAUUUGUGGAAACACUUCACAAAUUUGGAUACAAGGGUUCAUACCUGUCAAAAAAUUGGUUGAAACAACCUGUAUUUAUUCAGUCCUUUGCUCCAACUUCACUUGUGUAUAUUUCAAAUCAAACGGACUUGCCCAAGGUGUUUUUAAUCGAUGAUGUGGAUAUUCCUACACAAGACACUAAUCAGUCAUAUUCGGAAAUUACAUCUGACACAUACCUUGACUACAUAAAGCAAUAUGUUGUGGGAAUCGGACCAUGGAAGGAUACGUUGGUUCCUGCAAUAAAUAAUUAUGCGAUGACUCCUUCCGAUCUUGUUUCCAGGGCACAUGCUCGUAAUCUGCAGGUGCAUCCAUACACUUACAGAAAUGAGAACAAGUAUUUGCAUUUCAACUUUAGUCAAGAUCCGUACAAGGAAUACGAUUACUGGAUCAACAAUAUUGGAGUUGAUGGUCUGUUUACAGAUUUCACUGGUAGUCUUCAUAAUUUUCAGAAAUGGACCGCUCCUAAUCAUCAUGAUGAUAAUACUGCAUCCAAGUUGUUACACGAAAUUGCUUUGUUGGCAUCCCCUUAUGAAUGA